CUGCUACUGCAGGGCGAGUGAGCGAACGAGACGGGCGCGAGCGAGCGAGACAGACGGCUGGUGCGGCCCAAAACAAUGUGGUGGGGUCGAGCACUGGCUGAUCAUCGCGGUCGGGUCGGGUCGCGCCAAGCAUCACAAGUUCGACUCGGGAAGUCCUUCUGGUCAGGCGUGUUGCGCGUUCCCGGCUCUGUGCGCUCUUUCUUCCGUAACGUGUGUGCGUAACGUGUCUGUUGUUGCGGGCGCAUCGUGAAACGUGUCCGCUUCCUGAUAGUGCAAAAUCUGCCACGAUAACACACCGGCAGCGUGAAUGUGUAUGCGUGCGUGUGUAUGUGCACUUACCUGCUCCAAAAAGCCGUCGCGUUCCGUGUGUCCUCCCCGGUGGCGGUCUUUAAUUUCACGAACGGAUACAAACGUGCGAUUGUGUUUAUCUUUUUUGAGAAAAUAUAAGAAGUCGUGUUUGGGUUAAGAUUUUACAAACCGAAUCAACAAAAAGUGACCGACACGAAAACCAACACGAAUAUAAGUGAUCAAGCUUUCCGCACGCGCUACGCGAUCGAUCGUACGCAGCGACGGUUUCGGUAAAAGGAUAACGAUUAACGCGCGCUGUCACGUGUUUCAACAACAACAACAAGAAAGGGUUCGCGCUUUUUAGUGCGUAUUUUGUUUGCGUAAUUUUUUUUUUUAUUUAUUUUGCGUCCCUUUUCCGUUCAUACGUGAACGUGGUUGUUUGGUGCGUAUGAAGCGUGUUUUGGUGUCGCCCGAAAGCUGUGUGUGUUCGAAUUGAUUUGAUUUGAUGAUACAAGAAAACAAGAAAAUUCCUAUGCAAGAAAGAAGACGCGCUAGGUGCUUUUGAGCAAGAAAAAGGCACUUUUCGCUCGCGUGUUUUGACAAUAAUCAGAAACAACAAAGUGAGUGUGUGAUUUGUGCAACCGCGAGUUGAUACCGCGUCUGGUGCUAAUGUGGUGCGACGAUCAGGUCCGCUAAAGAAAAGAUAUUUCCCGUGCGUCCCACAGAAAGCCCACCCAGCGAACCGCAAACCCCUAAACCCGCCGCCGGUUUCGCGUUGCCCCGGGGUUGCACAGAAAGGCGGACAAAAUUUUCCUCGAUAGCGUCGGCCCCGACUGUGGGGCCAAAACCGGAAGCAAUAUUCUGGCACACAACACCCUCAGCAUGUACGGCGGUGGCGUACUGUGCCCGUCGCCCUCGACGGCGACGGGUUUCUACAACCCGCGCGGCCAGGGCUCGGAGAUCGGUGCGCUCGAGCUGGGGUUCCCGCGGGGGAUGGCGCUGGUGCCGCCGCCACCGCACGGGGCCUGGCGCGAUCCGAGCUCGCUGACCGGUACCCACCUGCCCGUGUCGUCCAGUACGGCGUCGGCCGCCGGCGACGACAUCACCACACUGGGCAGCCAGGGUGGCGGGCCCGGGCCCGGCCAGACGGGUUCGGUGGUCGUGCCCGGCAUGCAGACGUCCUCCUCCUCGUCGAGCGGUGGUGGCGCGCAGGACAAGAAGGACUUUAUUUCGUCCUCGUCCGGCGGCUCCUCGAUCGGCAGUGUCGGUCAGCAUCCGUCCGUGACGGGGCAGGGGAACACGAUCGAGAAGAAGGAGUUCCUGUCGCUGCAGCAAAGCACCACGCCCGGUUCGCAGAGCAUGAACUCGCAGAACGGGCAGGACCUGAAGAACCAGAACAUCGAGUGCGUCGUCUGCGGGGACAAGAGCUCCGGCAAACACUACGGACAGUUUACGUGUGAAGGCUGCAAAUCAUUCUUCAAGCGCUCGGUACGGCGGAAUCUCACCUACUCCUGCCGGGGCAAUCGGAAUUGCCCCAUCGAUCAGCACCACCGAAAUCAGUGUCAGUUCUGUCGACUACGAAAGUGCCUCAAAAUGGGAAUGCGACGUGAAGCCGUCCAGCGAGGUCGAGUUCCACCGUCCCAACCGCCGGGCAUACCGUACGGCCAGUACUCGAUACCAAACGGUGACACCGUGACCGGGUUCAACGGUCACUCGUACCUUAGUUCCUACAUUUCGCUGCUGCUGCGGGCGGAACCGUACCCCACCUCCCGGUACGGCCAGUGCAUGCAGACGAACAACAUCAUGGGCAUCGACAACAUCUGCGAGCUGGCCGCCCGGCUACUGUUCUCCGCGGUCGAGUGGGCCCGCAACAUACCCUUCUUUCCGGAUCUCCAGGUCACCGACCAGGUGGCCCUGCUGCGGCUCGUCUGGUCCGAGCUGUUCGUGCUGAACGCGUCCCAGUGCUCGAUGCCGCUGCACGUCGCCCCGCUGCUGGCGGCGGCCGGCCUGCACGCAUCCCCGAUGGCCGCCGACCGGGUGGUCGCCUUCAUGGACCACAUCCGGAUAUUCCAGGAGCAGGUGGAAAAGCUGAAGGCGCUCCACGUCGACUCGGCCGAGUACUCCUGCCUGAAGGCGAUCGUCCUCUUUACCACAGAUGCUUGUGGGCUGUCGGACGUGGCACACAUCGAGUCGCUGCAGGAGAAGUCCCAGUGCGCGCUGGAGGAGUAUUGCCGGUCCCAGUAUCCCAAUCAACCGACCCGGUUUGGCAAGCUACUGUUACGUCUUCCCUCCCUCCGAACGGUCUCCUCCCAGGUUAUAGAGCAACUGUUCUUCGUCCGACUGGUAGGCAAAACGCCUAUAGAAACGCUCAUCCGUGACAUGCUGCUGUCGGGCAGUAGUUUCUCCUGGCCCUACCUUCCCUCGAUGUGACACACGGCCGUGUGGCGCCAACU